UGUGUGUGGAUGUGCCGGGCCCGUCUCUCCUGUCUGGCUCGGCCUGUCAGCAGGAGCCUGUAUGUUGGGCCGGUCACUACCCCCGGGGAGCUGCGCCCAGUGAGGCCUCUCUGCUCCGCACACCGGAGCCCGUCCUGUGGGGCUCUCCGCCAUGGCGUCCGAUAGUGACACGGAGGAGUUCUUCGAUGCUCCUGAGGAUGUGAAUCUAUCCUGCUCCCCAGCUGUAUCGCCAACAAAGCCAGGAACAUUCAGUCUUCAGGAAGAAGUCACCCAUACUGAAAACAAGCCAGAAACUGGAACCACAGAACCAAAGCAAGAUGACUCUAAAGAGAUAAUUGAUAGCAUCAUUGAAGAAAGCCAGAAAUCCAGUGCCAUAGAGGAGAGCCACAGUCCUGAAAAUGUGGAAACAAUAGGUCUUGUAAGCACAUCUGAUAAAACAAAUCGGGAACAGCGAAAUAAUAUCCCUGAGCUGGUGGUGACAGAGACAACCUUCCACAAUGAUGCCGCAGACCUUGGCUCUCAGGAGGCUGAGGACUUCACAGGGACAAAUCCAAACCAACUGCCUGAUGUCUCCAUUCCCAUCAUUGAGCAUUUGGUAGAAUCCUCUAGAAUUGCAGAUAUUGUAGACUUGGAAGAUGAUCUUCGAAUUACUGAAAAACUCAAAAUUCUGGACAAGCCAACAGAGCUUGAUGAUACGGAUGAUACGGAAAAUAAGUCUAAAGAACCUCUGUCCAAUUUGUCAAACGAUACUUCCAGUUCUGAAGUCAUAGAGCAGUUACCGCCUGCUAAACCUCCCCGACAGAUUAAUGUUGAGCCUGAUAUCGUAGCAAGCACUAAGAAGUCUGGCCCAUCACGUCCCCCACUGCCUGGAAAUGUCCCACCACCUAGACCGCCUCCACCUGCACGGCCGGCACCACCACCACGCAAGAAGAAAGGAGACUAUGAUUAUGAGAGCCCAAGAUCUUCAGGACUAGAAUUUACAAAGGAUGCCUUUCUUGGUGGGGGAUUCCUCUCUCCGAACGCCAUAUCAGAGGGUUUAAACAGAGAUUCCCAGCCUUCCUUGGACCUAGCUAGCGCAACCAGCGGAGACAAAGUAGUGACGGCUCAGGAAAAUGGGAAGGCAGCAGACGGGCAGGUGUCUAGCUCACCAGCUGAGAGUUCUGGUCCCCAGAGGCCCCGGUCUAACUCAGGAAGAGAGCUUACCGAUGAGGAGAUUUUGGCCAGCGUAAUGAUAAAAAAUUUAGACACUGGAGAGGAAAUCCCUCUGAGUUUGGCAGAAGAGAAGCUGCCAACUGGUAUUAAUCCACUGACUCUGCAUAUCAUGAGAAGGACUAAGGAGUAUGUCAGUAAUGAUGCUGCCCAGUCUGACGAUGAAGAGAAGCUUCAAGCUCAUCAAACAGAUACAGAUGGAGGGAAACUAAAGCAGAAAACCACACAGCUGAAAAAGUUCUUAGGAAAAAAGGUUAAGCGGGCAAAACAUCUAGCAGAAGAGUAUGGUGAGCGAGCAGUGAAUAAAGUGAAAAGUGUCAGAGAUGAAGUUUUUCACAAUGAUCCGGAUGACCCGUCAUCCAGUGAUGAUGAGGGAAUGCCGUACACCAGGCCUGUGAAGUUUAAAGCUGCUCAUGGCUUCAAGGGUCCUUAUGACUUUGAGCAAAUCAAAGUUGUGCAAGAUUUAAGUGGAGAACAUAUGGGAGCUGUCUGGACAAUGAAGUUUUCACACUGUGGGAGGUUACUUGCCUCUGCUGGACAGGAUAACAUUGUACGAAUAUGGGUUCUCAAGAAUGCUUUUGAUUACUUCAAUAAUAUGAGGAUCAAGUACAACACAGAAGGGAGAGUUUCUCCAUCGCCAUCUCAGGAAAGUCUUAAUUCUUCCAAAUCUGACACAGAUGCGGCUUACAGCGGAGCAGAUGAUGUGGAUCCAGAUGAUAAAAAUGCACCGUUUCGUCAGGUGCCAUUUUGUAAAUAUAAAGGACACACAGCAGAUCUUCUUGAUUUGUCCUGGUCUAAAAAUUACUUUUUACUGUCCUCUUCGAUGGAUAAGACAGUCCGUCUAUGGCACAUAUCCAGACGGGAGUGUUUGUGUUGUUUCCAGCAUAUAGAUUUUGUUACAGCAAUAGCUUUCCAUCCAAGGGAUGACAGAUACUUCUUGAGUGGAUCCUUGGAUGGGAAACUACGGCUAUGGAACAUUCCGGACAAAAAAGUUGCAUUAUGGAAUGAGAUUGAUGGACAGACAAAGCUCAUUACAGCUGCCAAUUUCUGUCAGAAUGGCAAACACGCUGUGAUCGGCACAUAUGAUGGGAGGUGUAUAUUCUAUGACACAGAGCAUCUGAAAUACCACACUCAAAUACAUGUGCGCUCCACAAGGGGGCGGAAUAGGGUCGGAAGAAAAAUCACUGGAAUAGAGCCAAUGCCUGGAGAAAAUAAGAUCUUAGUAACCUCGAAUGAUUCGAGAAUAAGGCUAUAUGACUUAAGAGACUUAUCUUUAUCCAUGAAAUACAAAGGCUGUGUGAACAGCAGCAGUCAAAUCAAAGCCAGUUUCAGCCAUGAUUUUACAUACAUUGUCAGUGGUUCUGAGGAUAAAUAUGUGUAUAUCUGGAGUACAUACCAUGACUUAAGCAAAUUCACCUCUGUAAGAAGAGACCGCAAUGAUUUCUGGGAGGGUAUUAAAGCACAUAAUGCAGUCGUCACAUCUGCGAUCUUUGCUCCACAUCCUAACCUGAUGGUACCACCAGAUGCAUCCACUGACAGACAAGACACUGACCAGAAGGGGGAACAGGGAGAGUCUGUAGAUAACAUACCAUCAGGUGCUCUGAAGUCGGAUCACACAGAAGUUCUUCUGUCUGCAGAUUUUACUGGUGCAAUCAAGGUGUUCAUUAACAGGAAGAAAAAUAUAUCGUAACUGUAGUAUGACAGAAUGAGCCUGUACUUCAAUAGCCUCCACUCCAGAGUGUAAGAAGAACCAAACUGAUACUGACCGGCAGAUAUUACUGCAGCAGUCGUCUCUAUACACAAACGGACAGAUGGAGAAUGGUCUUUUGUUUUAAAUCUCCCAACCCUACAGUAAUGUUACUACUAGCGAAUGUCUGUGCUGCUAAAUACUAUGGGGGAGAUUUAUCAAAACCUGUGAAAAAGGAAAAGUUGCCCAUAGCAACCAAUCAGCUUGCUUCUUUCAUUUUUAAAGAGACCUCUGAAAAAUGAAAGAAGCGAUCUGAUUGGUUGCUUUGGGAAACUGGGCAAUUUUAUCCUCUGCACAGGGUUUGAUCAAUCUCCCCCUAUGACAACAACUAUGCUCUUAAGUUACUACCAUUCUGCACUUUUUAUCAUCUAUAAAUUCAUUUAGCCACUAUGUUUUAAAUAGUAUAGAAAUAUUCUACUUAACAUCCAAGUCAAAGGCCUUAUAGUGAAUGUCCACCUUUUAACGCCAUGUUGCUAUUUACAUCCAACGCUGGUUCCUCUUUUAAUGUAUCUUUCUGAUCUCCCUUUUUAAUACAGGGCUCAAAAUCCACUGAAUAGAUAUAAAGUGAAAUCCUAAAACUCACUGCCUGUAGUUACCAUCAGGGACGGCUUAAGUCAGUUUUUUGCCAAAAUAACUGAGCUGAAUUGUCCAAUGCACAACGGAUCCCAUUGACUUGAAUGGGGCCCGUCUGGUUUUCCAGUGUCUGUUGUUUUGUAGGGUUUGAGCAGAGUAAGAAAACUAAUCUGCAGCAUUUUUUUCUCUGCUCAAAUCCUGCUAUUUCACAAGAUACCGCAAAUGGAGCUUCCUGAACAGAGCUCCAACCCUGAUGUGAACAAGACCUUAGUAGGUUACUGCAUUCUGUAUUAUUUAAAGGGGUACUCCGGAGCUUAGACAUCUUAUCCCCUAUCCCCCUCCCAUAGGCUUGCAUUGAAGGGCGGAGUGUGACGUCACACGGGGGCGAAGGCGUGACUUCACACACCGCCUGUCCCAUGGUUGCCGGUAAUCAGACCUGGAGCGAACAUGCUCCGGGGACUGAUUUUGACUGGGGUGCUGCGUGCUAGAUCACAGGGGUCCACAGCGGCGGGACCCCCGCGAUCAGGCAUCUUAUCCCCUAUCCUUUGGAUAGGGGAUAAGAUGUCUAAGCGCCGGAGUACCCUUUAAGUUCAGGCCUUAAACAGGCUCUCCCUAGUGGUAGCUGAAGGGAGAGGAAUCUUUAGCUAUACAAGAAAUGGUGUACAUUCACUGUAAAGCUGUUCACUCACACUUCUGUUUUCUCCACUUAUGUUGUUUUUAACCUUUAGAAUAGUGCUGUCUGUUGCUCUGUUCUACCCACAACUAUAAAAUGAAGAAGAAUAUUGGCACUCACCAUUUGUUGCAAGAGAAUAUAUAGCAAUCCAGCAUAAUGCAUAAAAAUGUAAGUAGACGUGUAGGAGCAUUAGUAUCAUGCAACAAUCAUAUUAUAUGCAUUGCUGCAAAGGAAAUGAGGAAAACCUAAUUGUAGAGACCAGAUACUAAUCUCAGGCAGAAGGUGAGAGAAGGAAAUUUUCCAGGGAAUCCUCUACUGUUUCAUAUUAAUGCUUCUACAUGAAUAUUAACAUUGUUACACAAUAUGAUUAUUAUGUAGAUGAGCAAGUUGUCAUCUGUUUGUCCCUUUGGCCUUCUGGUAUGCAUUUAUUUCUUUUUACUGGCACUCUGCAUCCUGCUGGAUUGUGAUGUUGCUACUAAUGUGAAAUAAACUCAGACUUCACUUGCAACAGACGGUGGGUGUUGGGAUUAGUCAUUUCAUAGUUGCAGGGUUUAUGCUUCCACAUGCACCACAGCCAGCCUGCGCUCAGUCAGUGGUAUUCAUUAUAAGGGUGCGUUCCCACAGGGCGUAUACGCAGCGUAUUUGACACUGCGCA